UCGCUACUUGCUUUCUCAACUACUCUAACGUGUGUCCGUCUCUGUUUCUACAGCAUCAUUCAUUUAGUGUUUAUAUUCACCGCACAAAACAAUAAUCAAAUUGAACGAACUGGUCGCGUUAAACUUUGUAGAUUAAAUCAAAUGCGAGAGUUAACGGUCGAAGCAAUGCAAAAGGGACGAUUAAUGGAGUCGGAUUACUGGACAUCGGUAGUUAUAAAAAGAAGAAAGCUUAUCACAUAAACAAAACACGUCAGCACGUGCAGUGAUCGAGUUAAUCGUUUCAGCCGCUCCUCGUCAGUUGAAUCGUUAGCUCCACGGUCGUGCAUACAUGGUAGAAUCUCAGUUCCAGAAGAUAGCCAUGUCAAAAGAUUCAGCCAUGCUGUCGGAUACCGAGGAGAUGCCGUCAAUAAAGAUCGGCAACUUUCUUCUACGAUUUGAGUUGGAACCAGCUAGCUCGGAGAUGCUAGAGGUAGCCAGGAAAGAGCUUCGAGAAACUCCUGAGGUUCAAAAAGAGGCGAUUGAGCGCUUGAAAGAAUUAUUGAAAGCCGAAACGGACCUGAAAUGCCCAUAUGACAACGAGCCAUGGCUAAUCAGAUUUUUGAGGCCGUGCAAGUAUUAUCCCGAAUCGACACGCGAUCUCAUCAAACAAUAUUACGGUUUUAAGCUAAAGCAUGCAAAUAUCUAUAAUGAUUUGAAGCCAAGCAAAGAGAAAAACAUCUUCGAGCAAAACAUUCUGACGGUACUUCCCAAACGCGACCAGUGUGGCCGGCGAAUACUGAUAGUCGAACUCGGCAAGAAGUGGAAGCACAACAAAUGCAGCCUGGACGAAGUUUACAAGGGCUGUGUAUUAUACUUGGAGGCCGCCAUGCUCGAGCCGACCUCGCAAAUAGCUGGUGCGGUCCUCAUCUUUGAUAUGGACGGUCUUAGUCUACAGCAAACGUGGCAAUUCACCCCGCCGUUCGCCAAGAGGAUAGUCGAUCUGUUACAGGAUGCGGUGGCGUUGAGAAUUAAAAACAUACAUGUCGUGAAUCAGCCAUACGUGUUCAACAUGGUGUUUGCUCUUUUCAAACCCUUUAUGCGGGAGAAACUUAAGAGCAGAAUGAUUUUCCACGGCACAGAUCGGAAAUCGCUGCACCAAUAUAUUUCGCCAAAGUGUUUGCCAGAGUGUUAUGGCGGCACUCUGGAGAUUUCAAAAAUAGAUGGUACGACCUGGUACAACCUAUUAGUGCAAGUCGACAAGGAAUUCGAGGCUAUCAAUUCGUACGGCUAUAAGAAAAAAUAGUUUCUUCGUCAUGCUGGGAUAGGGGAUGUAGAUAGUUGGACUUGUACUAUUGGGAUACAAUCAAAAAGUGUUAUCAGAUGUGACAUAUUGAUUUAGUGUCAAUUAGAACGAUCAUUGGUCAUUUUCGUUCGCUCGAUCUCGACAAUACUUUUAUCCACUUUGCAACUUCCUUCACAAUAUGUUAUUACAAGUCAUAUGUCUUUAUGGCUGUCCUCUUAACAACGUCUUUGGCCCUUAUUCUGAGCUUUCUUUUGUCGAUAAAGGUGUCUCUCUAAAUGUAGCUUAUAAGACUUUUAAUUGUUUUAUAAACACACUUAGAAGCAUUUUUAUCGAUAAAGAAGAGUUAAAGUGAGGGCCUUUGUCGCCCGACUUGUACAGUCAGAUAAAGAGAUGUGAUAUUACGAGAUAUAAUCGUGUCGCUUCCGCACUUUUCUGCUUCUAAUUUUGACAUCAAUUACAGCGGCAAUUUAGGGAAUCGACUCGUUAAGAGUCGGUGAUCUUAUUCCAAAUUUGUUGACACUCUCUCGUCUUUAGAGUCGUGUGAUAAAAGUAUUGCGCAUUCCGCCUGAAUUCUGUGAGCAGAGAACAUCAAUAUUUUAUAAUGAUGUUUUACUACGAAUUCGAUGUUUUACGACGAAUACGAGAAAAUUCUGUCUUUUUAAAGAAUUUCCUUGCGCGUUGAUAAUGUGGAGUUAUUGUAUUUGUAUGGUUUGUGUACUUAAAUAAUCGUCUAUCUGAUGGUCAUCUUGGCGUAGAAAUAGACAUAUGUCAAGAAACACAAGUAGUCAUUAACGAUUUAAUAUAUAUUUAAUAAACAACACCGAUAAAACA